GAGGGUAAUCUGGUGGGAUAAAAAUCGUGUGGCAUCUACUGUGACCCGCAAAUAAAUGAAUGGUUCAAAAACUAAUUAGGCUAGCUUAACAGCUGAAAGAAAGCCAUACAAAAUAUAAAAUCACGUGAUUAUUCUCACAAGCAAGCAGAAAUUGGAAGAAAAGGUGAUGUGGCAUCCACACCAAAUAAUAUUGCUUUUUCUCUGAUACUACCACUACUAUUUUAACUCCCAAUCUUUCUCAUUCUCUUCUCUAAAGACGUUCGCUUCGCCCCCGCUCUCCAGCACUCCUUUCCUUCUCUCUCUCUCUCUCUCUCUGUGAGAUGGCAACUAAAGCAGCUGAUCAAGAUGAUGCUGCAGGAGCACUGAAUUAUAAGACAUGGGUCUUUAAAGUCUUAAUUCAUUGCGAAGGAUGCAAGAAGAAAGUCAAGAAACUUCUUCAAGCCAUUGAUGGUGUUUAUGAGACGACCAUAGAUUCUCAACAGCACAAGGUGACAGUCACUGGCAGCGUGGAUCCGGAAACGCUCAUCAAGAAGCUGAACAAGUCAGGGAAAUCAGUUGAACUUUGGCCAGAAAAGCCUGAAAAGAAAGAGAAAAAGCCUGGGAAGCCAAAUAACAAUGAGAAACAAAAAGACGACGAAGAAGCUGGUGAUGAUCAUGACCCCAAGAAUAAAUCAACAGAGAAGCCUGCAUCAGCCGCUGCCAAAAAUGGCGGUGCCGGUGCUAGUAAAGGCCCUGCUGGAGAUGAUCAGCCUCCAGCUGGGGACCAAAUGGGAGGUGUAAGCCAGGAACCAGACAGUACUGCCGAAAGUGGGGGUGUUAAUGGAGGUAAAAAGCAGAAAAAGAAAGGGCAGAAAGGUAACACUGGUUCCAACGGUGAUGCAUCCGGUGACACUCUAUCAGCUCUGGUUCUUCCAGAACAGGCUCCACCUAUGGCAUCAAUCAAUCUGAUGCCUCCAAAUUACCCUAUGUACCCAUAUGCACCUAUGUACGCACCUAUGUACUAUGGACCUCCAUCGUUUGGCGUAAGUUACAAAACGACUCAUCCUAGCUCAAGCUUUUCAUAUUAUACCCCUACCAUGCAUCCUAAUGCGUACGGACCACCACCUCCACCAUCCUAUCCGAUUGAUGAAUUCAAUGAAGAUGGUGAUUACGAUCGUGAUGAAAGUGGUUGCUCAAUCAUGUGAACAAAAUAUUGAAGAAAACGAGUACAUGUAGAUUUUGAUGUUAUUUGUACUGUUAAUGGAUAUCAGGGGACAGGAAGGGAUUAAUUUUGUAAGAUGCAAAUAAAAAUAAUUAAUUUUAGUACUACUUUGUUAGGGAGAAAUCAAAAGUUGGUUUUACUUUUCAUCGGGGUUUGAAGGGGUUUGGAAUUUUGCUCUUUGUAGUUGUAGGACCUGAAAAAUCUCAACCUUUCCCUCUUUCUUAUGUGCCAAGAAGAUCUUUGUCCAUGUUGGUCCCUCUCUUUCUUUAUCAUUUUCCCGUAUAAAAUUUAAGCGGAAAAACCUGAACUGAAUCAGUGAAUUAUUUUAUGUUGAAAAUUGUGAUAAGUUGUCAGUAAGUAGUAGUACUAUAUAUUCCUUUAUUUAUCCAAAGACCCAAGUUUUCAGCUAAGGCAAUCAAACCCUCGAAAGAACCAUGUUUAAAUUUGGAUAUGCACCAUACAUAACAAGAAUAUAAAAGUAAGUGAAGGGUAAGAAGCAGCUCUCACGAACAACUUGAAACAUGCUUUUGCUUCAAUUAUCAAAAACAGAAAACCUCCAACCCCAAUCAUAACUUUCUAAAUGGUUAGCAUAUACAGAUCUCAUUCCCACUAUCUUACCUACCUUUUUUCUGAUGCAGAAUAUUCAUGGUGGAUUAUACUUUCUUUUCAUAUCGUGAAAGGGAAAUUGGGGAAUA